AAAUUCAAGUGUCAAAUAAAACAUAUUAUUGGAUUUUGCUUUUAAAAUGCAAAUUGCAAAUCUGUUAAAAACUCAAAACGGAAAAUUAAUAAAUAUAAAGAUAAUAUUUUAGUUUGUGAUUUUAAUUCAUUCUGUAGAACAUAUGUUACGGGAUAUUAUUUGGCUAAAAACAUUUUUGCUCGUGUUCCUGUGCGUUAGUUGGAUACACGUAAUCUAUUUGAGUUGGAGGCUCUCCGAAUCGCGAGAGGUAUAAUAGAAAUGCCUCUAACCGCUGACGUCGCCGCACAGCAAGUCCAGGAGCGUUUACGAUCUCUGCACAGGUUGAUAUAUGACAUAGAGACUGAGAGGACUCGCAAUGAACAGUGUAUUGACUCUAUACUCAGAGCUGAGAAGGCCACAGAGUCUUCCUCAUCUGCUGAUGAUUCGUCUAGCUCCUCGCAUCAGCAAAUGCAGCUAAAAAGCUUGUACAAAGCUGGUCUCACCGCAGCGGAGCAGGAAGAGAGAGUGCUGCGUGCUGCACUGUCCAGGAUAUAUGAAAUUAGAUCAAUUAAGAAUGAAAGAAGAAUCCAGGCUCGGCAUGCAGGCAACAAAGAGACGAUAGGCUGCGGAGCGCUCAUGAAGAUGUUGCUGAGUGCUGCUCAAACGUUGCCUCUCCACGUAGGACGGGUCGGCGAGCGCGCGCCCCCGCUGUGCGGCGCCGUGCCCGCUGACCCGGGGCACAUCGCCCGCCCCGGAGACGCUGUCGCUGCCCUGGUUCGGGUCUCCGAGAAAGAGGAGAACUGGAUAUUAGCUGAGGUGGUGAGCUGGCUGCCGGCGCAGGGCAAGUACGAGGUGGACGACAUCGACGAGGAGCAGAAGAACCGGCACGUGCUGAGCAAGCGGCGCGUGGUGGCGCUGCCGCUGAUGCGCGCCGAGCCGCGCACGGACGAGCCCGCGCUGUUCCCCAAGGGCGCGCUGGUCAUGGCGCUGUACCCGCAGACCACGUGCUUCUACCGCGCCGUCGUCAACCGCCUGCCCGCCACGCACGCCGACCCCUACGAGGUGCUGUUUGAGGACUCGUCGUACGCGGACGGGUACUCCCCAGCCGAGCGCGUGGCGCAGCGCUACGUCAUCGCGAUCAAGGAGGGCAAGGGACGCGGCACCUGACAUUCGCGCUCUGCCCCGCCCUCCGCGCGCUCCUCGCCGCUCUCCACCGACUCGCUGCACUGAGGGGACCGCACACAUGGACAUUGUGAUUUGCGACGCUAAGUUAGUCUAAAAUCCGGCAUUGGAUAUACAGGGUGCUCGGGAGUAUUACCCAUAUUCUAUAAGACAAAGAAAGAAAAGAAAGAAAGAUCUCUAUUUUUAAGUUACAUGCAUGUAAUGUAAUAUAUAACAUUCUAAAUUAUUACAUAGCUUAAUUGUCCACGCAAAAAGGGUAGCAAUAAAAGAAGAAUGCCUUGCAAUGUGGCAUAACCUAGAAAAAGGCCCUAACUAUUCAUUUUGCUACAUACUUCCUACACAGAAAAAAGUAUGCAGCACUGAUUUUCAGUUAACUGAAAAUUAAUUAAAAAUAUCUAAGGACCAAUGUGUUCUAAAACGAAUAUUUUCAGAGUAAAACAUAUUUCUUUUGUAAAUAGAUCUUAAAUUGUGUCCCUUAUAUCGCAUCCUUAUAUUAUGACCUUAGACCUAGCCAAACUUACUCAUUUAUAAAUAUCAUGAAGUAGCUUACUAGUGAAGUGUGGAGUGCUAGUUGCAAUACCUCGUCGAUAUCGAUAGUCUUACCACUGCGAUUACGUAUUUUAAAAUGCAAGGAUAGAUAAAGGCUUGUGUUACAUGGAUAGUCAGAAUUAUUUGAAUUACUUCAUAUAAAAACAAAGUUUUUUUUUUACUUAAAAAAAAUUAGUUAUGCAGUUCGGC